AAAUUAAAAAAUUUCUCCGUUAACCACUUACGUUGACACCGAAUAAUUGCCAUAUAUAAUCCUCGAAUUACGACAGUUGGAGAUCUGGUUCCUUCACCAUCGCCUGUACAAUCUCUGUUCGCUAAAUUUCAGCCAAUUUUCGACGCCACCUGAGUUCUUAUAGGAUGCAGAGGAAAAGAGAAAGGAGAGAUGAUUUCUUUGGCAUGGCUGACCCUUUUGGUAAUUUCGGUGGCUUUGACAUGAGGCCCAGCCUAUUUGGGGGGCGGAAUCCAUUUGAUGACCCGUUCUUUACUCGCCCUUUUAGGAGCAUGUUUCAAUCUUCAAAUUCUGCUACUAGUGAUGUGUCGCAAACCACUGGAGCAAAAGGAAUAGUUAUAGAAGAAUUAAACUCUGAUGAUGAGAGCGAAAAAGAGAAAGAGACAGACACUGGCUUGGAGAAUGAACCAUCAGUUGAGCAUCCCGAUGACGGUUUUGAUGCAGAAGAGAAGAGCAAGACUGUGAAUCAUGGGAGUGAUUAUAACAGGAUAGAAGGGAAUAAGUCUCAGGCUCGCAGUUUCAGUUUCCAGACUUGCAAAGUCACAUACGGUGGAGUAGAUGGAGCAUAUUACACUUGUACAAGGACCAGAAGGGCAGGGAACGAUGGAGUAAGUAACUUUCUUUUGAAAAGAUUUCUAGGCGAGUUGAAUUGUAUUUGUAUUUAAGGAGUGAAUAUGCUGUGCUAUUUAUCAAUAGUCACUAUGUAAGUCCUUCACGAUAUAGUUGUAGAACUGGAUUAAGUUGAGAUAUUACUAAUUCUGUAUUUACAAGAUUUAAUGGCUCA